CAAAUGAAUUAAGACAGUUCUAAAAAUAAUAUAUAAAAAAUAUAAAUAAUCACUGGGUGUACUAAGACAAUCGCUAUAUCUUUGGCUUUUUGAGACAUUUAUAUAAGAGACAACGUCAACUAAGAACCCUUAUAUAUCCAAGAUUCUAUUCAGUUUUGGUAUAAUCUAAAAUCUAUUAAGAUCAUCGAAGUGCGAAUAUAUUCCAAUCAACAUGAAGCCAGCACGCUUUUUCACACCUGAGAACCUUCAGAUUGUAAAGAGACUGGUGUCACGAUACCCUCCUGGUCAGGAAAGAGCAUCCUUGGUUCCUCUUCUGGAUUUGGCCCAAAGACAGCAUGGUACAUGGAUUCCCCCUUCAGCGAUGCAAGAGAUAGGCAAUACUACUAAUCUUUCGUUUGAACAAGUAUUUGCUAUUGUCUUAGCAUAUCCCACAUCAUUUCAAUGGCGUCCUUGUGCUCCACAACUGCGAAUUUGUGAUUCUUGGAUGUGCUGCCAAAAAGCAAAACAGAGGGAUAAUGGUAUCUUUGAAGCAGCCCAGUCCAUUGCUUCUCAAUAUGGAGUCGAGGUCAAAACAACAUCUUGUUUGGGAGCUUGCUAUGGUGCACCAGCCUUCUGGUUUAAUGAUAAAAUUCACACAGAUGCUACGAAAGAAACAAUCAAGGAAAUAAUUUCCAAAGAAUUCACUUAAUGAUCUUAUUAUGUGUAACCGUACUACUUCUAAAACUAUUUUCAGCUAUAUCCGUAUCGGAAAAUAACGCUUUUCUACGUCCUAUUGUCCGUUUUAAUGUACUUUUCAAUUUAGCUGUUAUGAAUUGCAACCUUUAUGAAUGACAGGUGGAUCUAUUAAAAGAAGGAACUAAACCCGUAUUUCAUGAUGGUUGUCAACAGUUUUUAUCUUUGGCACUGAACGGGUAAAAAUUCAACCCCAAGGCAUCAAGCGUAAGCUACAGCAACGUUUCUACUAUUAAUUACCUCAAACCACAAACAAAAACAGAUAAUGUAUUCAAAUAUGCAAUAUGCGUAAUAUAUAUGGUUAUGACUAUGCAAAAUGCACUAUAUAAAAGAAAUGCGAAAAAUGCCAAGUUUAUGUUCGUUGAUAUAUGCCUUGUAUAGAUAGACAAAAAAGAUAAAAGCACCUUACAAGAUGAUGAAUGCAAUAGCUCCAAGAAGAACAGCAGCAAUGGAAAAACCGGCCAUUUGAACGUUAGGGGCAGAGGAAGGGCUACCAUUGUGAGAGCCGGACUUAGCAGCAGCUGAGACAGUACUAGUGUUAAAUCCAGAGCUGGUGGUGUUGGAGUUGGAACCUGCAACUGGAGCAGAGCUAGUCAAGCCGCUAGCAGUUGAAGAGCCAGAAGUACUAGAACUGCUAUCAGGAGAUUGAGUCAUGGCAACGGCGUCAACGUCCACGCUAGUGGAAGAAGAAUGAGGGCCAGCACUAACCAAAGCGGUACCAUUGCUACCACUUGCUUGAUUAGAAGGAGCAUUUAGACCCAAGGGUUGACCAGCACCGUGUUGAAUAAAUUGUUCAGCUUCACGAGGAGUAGGGGGAAGAGGGAAGCUCUUCCAGUCCUUGUCGUUGGGUGGGCAUUUGAGAGUCUGAGGAUUCUUGUUAUAGCCAUUGUCACCGCUAAAUUUGGCAGCGUUACCAUACUUUUGCUUCAAAGUAUCAUAGUUUUUGCUAGUUUUGACGGAAUCACCGUUGAUAGUAACCAAACCAUAAUUGCUGCCCUCUUCAGAGUACUCGUAAACCAAACCACCAGAGAAGACAGAAGACAUUUUGUCGGAAAAGAUAGCAUCUACUUCAUCAAAAGGACGAUCAGGGGUACCGUCAGAUUCCUUACUAACAGUGUUACAUCCAUACUCAGAAAGGA